ACCAAAUCAAGCAAGGUAGUUCGAGAUUAGCUAUGUUUACAAGAUGGUCGACUGUUAUGGUUGGUAGGGACGCGAAAAUAGAUUCCUCACUGUACAGUUAGAUCCUCAAACAACAUAAAGACGGUCGCCUCUCACUACUACGAUGAGUGUCUCCCAUGAUGAUGAUCACUUUGACUUCAACAAGUUGGAGCGUGAACUAAAGGCUGCAGUGACAGCUGAUGAAAAGUACAACAGGGAAAAUGAUGCGAAACUCCGAGCUGUGCAUCAGAAAGUUGCAAGCUACGAUGAAUUCAAGGAAAUAGUCAAGGCAUCACAUCUGAAACCCCUGGAGAAGGGUGACAAGAUCGAGGGAAAGUUUGCACAGCCAUGGAACAUGCAUGCAGACAAGAAAAAACAUGUCACUGAUUCAAAGGAUUCAGAAACAAACGAGGAAAAGACCAGAGUGCCUCAAAACAGCUUGGAAUUUGUGAGAGAAUGGAGGAAACUGUCACUGGAUAAGAAGUACCAUUUCCUAAUUGAAAUUGGACCAGAAAAGUUAGAAAACAUUUUUAAACCUGAAAUAGGCUUUGGGUUGCUUGGUGACUUUCUGCUAGUUUUGCUGGAAGUUUCACAGGAGGAGCUGCACAUUGUGUUGAACAUUCUGGAAGGUUUCAGCCGGACCAAUCGGUUCAGUCUCUCAGUCCAGUUCAUGAGUUCAAAGGAAAAAGAAGCUUGUGAAAAACUGUUUAAAAGAAUUGAAGACCUGAAUGAAUGGUCUGACAGGAUAACAUCUUUGAGAAGUUUGUAUGGUUUGAUUAAAUAAAUAUGUACAACAAA